AUAUAAGCCGAAGUCCCAUGGGAGAAGGUGUUGGUUCGUUGCAGGCUUGAUUAAAAAUUGAAAGAAGAGAUGGAGAAGGAGAUGGAGCAGAAGUUGGCCAAAGAGAACUCGCCUAUGAAGAGAGAUGGCCGAAUCUUGACAAGGUGUCCCAACCUUAAGAUUCUGAGGAGCCUCAGGGCCGCCGAAGCCAUCGAGCAGGUGCAUGGAGGGAAGGUCGUCGCUCGCGACGACGAGAAUGGCGUGGUGAGAGUGAAGAUUGUGGUGACCAAGCAACAGCUGAGGCAGAUGGUUGCGUCGAGGGGCCGAGGACGGAGCAAUGCCGGCCAUCGUCCCUUGGCAGCACCGGCGCCGGACGUGGAGCAGUUGAUGCAUGUACUUAGGAGACGGCACAUGAAGAGAGCUGAGGCCGAGAGGGGUUGUAGGAGUGGGUGGAGGCCUAAACUUCAGAGCAUCCCUGAGGAGAAUUAAGACAUAAAUAUGUUGACAGUUUUAGAUCUCCUAUUCUUGAGGUUGGCUACAACUUGGGUUGAAUCAAGAACAUCUGUAUAGCUUUGUAAUCUUUGUUACAAUCUCGUUCGUUGGGGUCUAAUGGGAUGAGGGAUCUGUUUGAAGGCCUUUCUGACAUUAGAUGUUCUAGUUUGUUUCUUUUUACACUUCUUUUAUUUAAUCUCUUGAUGAAGAAAAAAUUGGAGAUGUAAUGCAGCACUCAUCAUGGCAGAGCCUUUUGGCUAUUUAGAAUGAA